CGGUGUUCAGCAAUGGCUGAAAGCACGGAUGAAACAAUAGCAGCAUCCAAACAAGAGGAGGUUUACAACUAUCGGGAUAAAAUUAAAUGUUCCCCCGAGGAAGAGGCGAAAUUAGAGAGAAAGCAUUUCUGGAAUGUCAUUAACGCGUUUAAAUAUUACAGGAUUCACGUCCAUGAACGAGUGAAUCGAGCAGAGAGGCAGUUCCGAUGCAUUCCACAUCACCACCAGCAACUUUUGACAAGCUUCCUUCCCAACCUGACUAAGAUCCGUAACUGUGUUGAUCACAACCAGGAGGUGCUGCAGGCCAUAGUGCACAACUGUAUCCAUAUGUUUGAGAACAUGGAAUAUGGAGAGGAUGGUGACCCAAGGAAAGUACGGCCGUCCUCGACUUUUGACAUGGACAAGCUGAAAUCUACCAUAAAGCAGUUUGUCCGUGAUUGGAGCGAAGCAGGAAAGGCAGAAAGGGACAGCUGCUAUAAACCUAUUAUAGAUGAGAUUCAGAGACUAUAUCCUCCUGACCAGUGUGACCUAUCCAAAGUCAGAGUGUUAGUGCCGGGGGCAGGUCUGGGUCGGCUGGCAUGGGAAAUUGCUUAUCUGGGGUAUUCAUGCCAAGGGAACGAAUGGAGCUUCUUCAUGCUUUUCUCUUCUAAUUUUGUUCUGAAUAGGUGUUAUAGGGAGAAUUCUUUGACUGUGUAUCCCUGGAUUCACCAGUUCAGUAAUAACAAAAUGUCCUCAGAUCAGACAAGACCUGUGACUUUUCCAGAUGUCAACCCCCAGAGUCUCCCAGAAGACUCAGACUUCUCUAUGGUUGCUGGAGACUUCCAGGAAGUAUACACUGAUCCAAAUAUUUGGGAUUGUGUUGCUACUUGUUUCUUCAUUGACACCGCCCACAAUGUUCUUGAUUACAUUGAAACCAUCUGGAAUAUUCUAAAACCUGGUGGCGUCUGGAUAAAUUUGGGUCCGCUUCUGUACCACUAUGAGAAUAUGGCCAAUGAAUUGUCCAUUGAGCUGAGCUAUGAAGACAUAAAGGCUGUCAUUUUAAAAUAUGGAUUCAUCCUGGAGUCAGAGAAAGAUUCUGUUCCAAGCACAUACACAGAAAAUGAUUGCUCCAUGCUCAAGUAUCUUUAUGACAGUGUCUUUUUCAUUGUACGGAAGCCUGCAGAUCAGUUGAUCAAUGGAGACCAGAAACCUAAAGAUGACACGAUUAAGAAUUUUUACAGUCAGGAAACAAAGAGAAAAAUGCAUCAUGACGCUGAGAAGACUGGAGAUUUAUCUGGAUAAAUUGCAGUCAAAUGGCUGCAAAAAUAAAAACCAUUACAUUUAAAUCAUGAAUGCCAGCAUUAUAGCAAAUACCUGGUAAUUGGAGAGCAAGACUGGAGCUUUAUUAUAUGCUGAUUUAUUUCAGACAUUUACCAAAAUAUGUGUAUGUCAUGUUUUGCUGCCUCACUUUACAUUCACAUACUCAGGUUUUGGGUGCUGCUUCACAUCUUACAAAUUACACUUCUCACACAGUGUAUAAACGCAUACACUUCAGUGAUUUUCUUUCACUUGUUUACAUUGUUGCUGUUCCUAGACAAGAUAAUUAUUAUUACUCUUCAGAUCCUGCUGCCAACUACUUGUCAAAAUGACUCCAACCUCUCAAAGGGACUUUGCUUGCCAUCAGAAUUGUAACAAUUGGCAGCACUGAAAUAAAAGUUGUUUUAAACUUUACACAUUUUAAUUACAUUAUAUUAUGUACAUAUUUUGUAAUAAAAUUGUUUAACCACCACA